AUUACCACACCCUGCAAUACUUUCACUACCGUGGCCUUCCUAAUUAUCACCCAAACAUGUAAAAUCAUGAAUACAUUUAAAGAUUUUUUUAAAAAACCUGUUUGUGCAUGAACAAAAAUACCGAACAAUAAUCAUUAUCCAAACAAUAACUCUUUAAUUGCCACAUGCCUGUGGCUCAGUAAGGGCAGGCCAGCUCCAUCCUGCGGACAGUGUGUACCUCUGUGUGUUUUUAUGGGUGGAGACUGAGGUCCUCCUCCAAAAUAUAACGUUAGUCAGACAGACAACACAAGUCAGCUUAACCACCAGCAGCUACAUUAUUGCAGGCCGUGAAACCUGAAAAUUAUUUUUUGCGCAGUUAGUUUAAAGUCCCGCACAUACAGCGCGGUGCACCGGAGCAGUUCAAUAACGUUACAAAACAAGAGAGAUGAGUCAGGCGGAGCAGGUGCCUGAGGACAUGCCUGCAUACCUCAAUGAUGAGCCAGUAGCUACAGAUGAAGACAACAACAAGGACCACCCACAGGUGCAGCCGGGUAUGUUCGGCAGAUUGGCAGGGGGCUUGUACGGCGCCACCAAGGGCGCUAUAGGAGCAACGGUGGGCAGUGUGACCUGGAUAGGAGGAAAGAGUCUGGACCUCACCAAGACCACCGUCAGCUCUGUAGCCGCUCUGCCUGGGAUGGGCGUGGGGCUGGUUAAAGGAGGAGUGUACGCUGUAGCUGGAGGAGUGACUGCUGUCGGCUCUGCAGUGGUCAGCAAAGUUCCCAUAGGAGGAAGCAAAAAGAAGGACAAGUCUGACUGAUGAGCAGAGGAGGAGAGGGAACACACACAGCUGAGGUGUUACAGCCCGCAUUGUGUUGUUGCCUGUGUUAGCAUUCAUGAGCAGGAAAAGAGCAACAGAGGACUCAAAGUAUAGUGUACACAUUUUGGUGAGGGUUUUUUGUUUUUUUUCCUUAGUUUCUGUUUUUUUAAUGUGAUUGUUGGUAAACCCACGUGCAUAUACUUAUGUGACUCAGACCCACAAAGCAAGAGCUGACAAAGACUCUCCUGCUCUUUUGUUAAAGGAAACACACUAUUAUCACCAGUGCCUGAAAUUGUUCAAAUAAAAUGUCCAUGUUUCAUUUUUGAUAAUAAGCGACAACACUGUUUUCACUGCAAACUCUUAUAUUCACCACAUAAGUUAAAGUCCCCCUCUAGACAUGUUUUAAAAUACAAGCACAUUUGUUGUUUGUCCUUCAUUGUGGAUCUGGCCUCCAACCAGCCCUGCUUGAGCUAGGUUGACCGAUGACAGAGCAGUGCAAGCCGGCCGUGUCUCAAGAUCUGCAACAGUAGUAUUCUCCAUUUGAGGAAAAAUCAGAGAGAUUCAGCCAUGUAUGUUGUAUCCCCCAGACUCGAAUGAGAAGUGUGCCGUGCACUGAAUGUGUCAACUAGCGGACGUGUCAGAGUGGUAAGUGUAGUUAGCAUAUUUUAGCUUGGUAGCUUGUAACUGGCAGUGGAUGAAACAGCAUUAGUGGUUAUGAAACAUAGAAUCAUUUUUUCUGUGGUGUGACAGUGUGUUUUCACUCUCAGUACUGUUAAAUUAACUAUGCUGGAGGGUUCAGGCUUCUUUUCUGGUUUUUGAUUAGUUUUCAAAGUUGUGAUGUGGCUAAUUUAGUUUGCCAGGUUUAUGUACAAACAUCUACACAUUAGGUACAGUAAAAGGUCAAGGUCAAUAUAAUUAAAACACAUUUCUGAGCAAAGGGGGACUUUUAAGUCAGUACCAGAGGAGAAAAACUCAGAGUGUAAAGGCACUUAAAUUACACUUGCAGGACAAUCAUUGAGUACUGAUGAUCUAUAUCUGACAAACACAUGGAUCAGAAAAUAUGUACAGCGUGAUUAAAAUACCCUCCUGUAGGGCUGUACUAAGAGGUUUGAAGCUUCAUUCAUAAUGUUAAGAUUUGAACUCUAGUUCAACAUUUUUCUCAUUAUUUUUAAACCUUGUAUUUAAGCACAAUUGCAGAUAAAGACUGGGCUGCUGACACCAGUGUAUCACUUUAUUAAAAUUGAGGGUUUUGUCAAAGGAGUUUUUAUUUUAUUUAGGGUGAUGAUGUGAUAAAGUAUGUUGACAGACAUUUCAAAACCUCUAGAAGCUUCAAAUGUUAAAUGUGAGGGGGGAAAUUACAUUCUGUACAGCCCUACAUUUCUGUUCACUUAAUUGCAUUUGUUCAGCUUGCACAAAUCUGAUAUGAAAAGCAGCCAACAGUCCAGGUUAAUACCUAAACCUCGUGCUGGCUGCAGACUGGUGAUGUUUCACUGGUGAAUUUUUCUGAUAAUUUUAUUUUUUCCUCUGAAUUCACCCUUUGGUUGUUCUGUUCUCAACUCAGUGGAAGGCAACUCAUACUUUUGAUACAGAAUCUGGUUUAUUACAAUAAAUAUUGUGCCACAGUAAAAAAUAGAGUAUUUUGAUUGCAAUUAACUUUAUUUCCAGUUGUAGUGUUAAUUGAUUCACUAUGACUCAAUGAAUAACAUUUUGUACAUGACACUUUUUUGAUGUAUUUUGAAACCUACUGUGACAUGUCACUUUAUGUCAAAUCAAAGUAUGUUAGCAUCUCUCCUUUGGACCCAAAAGCUUCAUAAUGGCAUGAAUAACUCCUACUGUAUCAAAGCAAUAGUUCUCAGCCGAACGUUUCCCUAACACUCCUUCAUAUUGUUUAGCAUCACUGUGUUUACUGCUGUAGGAAUCGGAUGGCUGGAUUUCUUGACUUUACGUUCUGAAUUUCAAGUGUCAACUACAUUUUUAAGCUGACAAACCUGUAGUAGUACAUUUAAUUAAAAAAGAAAAAACGCCUUUUUGUAAAUCUACCUUUAACUAUAAAAUGCCAUUCAAAUCUUGUAUGAUGCACAACAAAACUUUCAAAGCUCAUAAUGUUUUAUCAGUGUUGCAGAAUGUUUGGAAGUUUGCUGAACAGUGGGGAUUUAUUACAACAUGGCAAUAUUAUAUUGAAAUGUGUUUAAAUAAAAUAAAUGCUGACAUUUGUG